GUUCUGGGGAAGGAGGCGGGACGUUCCCCUCAGUGCCGGGCCGGGCGGCUGCGGGAGGAGGAAGCAGCCGCCGCCGCGGCAGGACAGAAGGGACGAGCCCAGGGGCCGGAGCGGCUCCGGCGGCCGGUGCGGGCGCCAUGGAGGACGGAGUCUAUGUGCCCCCGGACCUGACCCCCGAGGAGCGGCUGGAGCUGGAGAACAUCCGGCGGCGGAAACAAGAGCUGCUGGUGGAAAUCCAGCGGCUGCGGGAUGAGCUGAGCGAGGCCAUGAACGAGGUGGAGGGUCUGGAGGCGAAUGAGGGCAGCAAAACCCUUCAGAGGAACCGGAAGAUAGGGAUGGGCCGCAAGAAAUUCAACAUGGAUCCUAAAAAGGGCAUCCAGUUCCUGGUGGAGAACGAGCUGCUGCACAACACGCCCGAGGAGAUCGCCCGGUUCCUCUACAAGGGGGAGGGGCUCAACAAGACGGCCAUCGGGGACUACCUGGGGGAGAGGGAGGACUUCAACAUCGCCGUGCUGCACGCCUUCGUCGACCUGCACGAGUUCACCGACCUCAACCUGGUGCAGGCGCUGCGGCAGUUCCUAUGGAGCUUCCGCCUGCCCGGGGAGGCCCAGAAGAUCGACCGCAUGAUGGAGGCCUUUGCCCAGCGUUACUGUCUCUGCAACCCUGGCGUCUUCCAGUCCACAGACACCUGCUACGUGCUCUCCUUCGCCGUCAUCAUGCUGAACACCAGCCUGCACAACCCCAACGUGCGGGACAAACCCACCGUGGAGCGAUUCAUCACCAUGAACCGGGGCAUCAACGACGGGGGCGACCUGCCCGAGGAGCUGCUGCGGAACCUGUACGACAGCAUCCGGAACGAGCCGUUCAAGAUCCCGGAGGACGACGGGAACGACCUGACCCACACGUUCUUCAACCCGGACCGGGAGGGCUGGCUGCUCAAGCUGGGCGGGCGCGUGAAAACCUGGAAAAGACGCUGGUUCAUCCUGACUGACAACUGUCUGUACUACUUCGAGUACACCACGGACAAGGAGCCGCGGGGGAUCAUCCCACUGGAGAACCUGAGCAUCCGGGAGGUGGAGGAUCCCCGCAAGCCGAACUGCUUUGAGCUCUACAUUCCCAACAACAAGGGCCAGCUGAUCAAGGCCUGCAAGACGGAGGCCGACGGGCGGGUGGUGGAAGGGAACCACAUGGUCUAUCGCAUCUCGGCCCCCACGCAGGAGGAGAAGGACGAGUGGAUCAAAUCCAUCAAGGCUGCCGUCAGCGUGGACCCCUUCUACGAGAUGCUGGCCGCCCGCAAGAAGCGCAUCUCGGUCAAGAAGAAACAGGAGCAGGCGUGAGCCGGGCCGGCCAGCAGGCUGCCUUUCUGUGCCCCACCCCGAACCCACCUCCCUGAGCGCCGCUGAAACUGACACCCCCCUGGGCCAGGGGGGCCCAGCCACGGACAGACGGACAGACAGAGCAUCACUGACUUCCCCUCCCCCAGCAUCUGUGUGCACCACCAGCCGGAUCUGUCUUCCGAAACACUCCCCCCGAGGCACCCCACUUGGGAUACAGCCCCUCUCCAGGAGCCACUGGGUACCAUGGGCCAGCAAUCCCCUCCCCGCCCGUGGGGGCUGCGGCCUGGGGCCUCUGCCAUGCUGCCUGUCCAGGACCUUGCAGCUGAUUCUGAUCAGGAGUGACUCCAGAUUGACCCUGGGAGAGCAGAGAUCAGAAUCCAAACCUGCCCCCAUUGCAAAUGGGAGUGACUCUGGAUUGACCUUGGGGGAACAGAUUAGAAUCCAAAGCUGCCCCCAUUGCAAACAGGAGUGACUCUGGAUCGACCUUGGGGGAACUGAGAUUGGAAUCCGGCCCUGUCCCCAUUGCAAACGGGAGUGACUCUGGAUUGACCGAGGCCCUGACUCCGUAUCUUCAGCACUUUCCUUCACGGCUCUCUGGAUUUUCAGUGGCUGACACCAAGCUCCCGUCUACACUAAUCAGCCCUGAGGUGCAAUAAGCUCUUGCCGAGCCGCCCCGUCCCCUUCCCUUCCAGCUGGCUGGGAAUUUACCCACAAUGCUGUGCUCCCACCAUGGUGUGGGGCACCAGGAGCGAGUGGCGUCCCAUGGUGCACUGCCUUUGGGGUCUCCCCUGCCCCCCACCAUUCCAGCAACACCAGGCAUGGGGUGGGGGGGCAUUCCCAUCUCCCCCCCCCCC